AUGACAAAUGUUAAAGCAAUCCGCAUAGGAGGAAAGGGAUCUGCCCGAAGAGCCCCAACGAAGAAGCAGAUGGACGCAGACAAGGACAAAGGCUUUUUGACUGCCCUCUCUUCAAACGGGUACAAGUGCAGCGAAAUGAAAAAUGUUGAAAGAUGCUCGUUUAUGACGGAGACUGAUUCCGUUAUAAACUACCCUGAACCUGAACUCAAGGCCAUUACAAAGGACAAUGCCGUUGUUGGGUACAUUAUAAAGGGGAAAGGCGAGCUUCUGGGCGACGACUCCAACAGAAACUUUGACUUGGACUCGAUUGUUAAGUACUUGGGAACGAAAGGCGUGGAUGUUGAGGGCCUCGUUGAGAGGGCAAAGAAAGGAGACAACACUGCAAUUGAGGAGAUUCUCCGUCUUGUUCGUGCCUCUGCUGAAGCGGAGGAUAAAGAUGCCAAAAAGCCUGAGUAA